CUAAUUUCCUCUAAUUGUCUGCAACCGACUGUAUAGAUAAUAAUGAUUAUAAUCUUUAUUGAAAGUAAUGUAUUCAUCAUAGCGACUACAUUCGCAAUGCCAACAAUUGUUUUUGUGUCUGCAUAAAUUAUGCUUGUAUCAAAAACCAGAUUUUUAUAUUUACAUUACUUCUUUUUGCGUAUUCAUUCCUCUCUCUCCCUCUGACUGCUAUGUAUCUAUCAUAUCGUCUCUAAGAAACAAUAUCUUUCCGUUUGUCCAGCUUGAUUGGCUACUGGAAUUUUGUUUUAUUAUAAAUAAAAAGCGUCAAGAUCUUACCGAUUUAGUUAUCGUUCAACAAGCAAAGUGGUGAAGUGAAGAGUAUAUUGUGUAGUUAUUAUAUUUUGUUGCAGUUCCGAUCAGAAAGUGUUAUUGUGCAGUUAUGUUUUUGGUAAAUUCCUGCUACUUAGUGUUUUUUUUCUAUUAUGUAUUAAAGUAUCUAUGAACCUUAAAAAACAAUUUAAUCACCCAGAUUGAGAAUUUAUUGUGAAUAUAAAAAUGUAAAGGAACUGCCUAGUGAAUUUAUUAAAAUUUUAAACGGAUUUUUUGGAUUUAAAAUAUAGUCGAGACACAAUCUUGGAGGCAAAUAUAAUCAAAAAAGAAAAAAUUGGUCACUAAUUCUUACAUCAUAUAUCCAACUUUAUUGAGAACUGUUGUGAAAAAAAUAUCCAAAAAUAUUAAUUAGUGAAAUUUUACUGACUAAGUUGGUGAAUUUUAAAAUCUGGCCAAGACACAAUCUGUUAUAAAAUUUUUAAUUCAAAAUUUCCGUUAAUGAUUUAAAUGUCUUCUUCCAUUAUCUGUGUAAUCUGCCACCUUAAAAUAUUGUACAACACGUGCAUUAUGCAAAAGCUCUUAAAUAAACAUUUGAAGAACAAACAAAGCUGACAAAAAAUAUUCAUUUUGACAUUAACCACAUCAUUUUCAUUUCUAUUAUCACACAGUUCGUAAUUUUUAUGGCCUUUUGUGCCAAUGCGUUGGCUCAGACAGCACAUCAAGCAUCCAUUGAAAGUGAUUUAAGAACAGAUUUAAAUGCACCACUAGCGUCUAGUUUAUCGCAAUAUUAUCAACCACCAGCAUUGCUUCAAAUUCAGUUAUUAAAACAGCAACAAGAACAACUUCAAUCACCUCAAACUUUAGCCCAAUUACUUGGAAUUUAUCAGGCUCAACUUAAUCAACAGAAGCCACAACAACAUUCUCUUCAUCCAGUCCAACAAACUCAAAUCAGUCCUUUUUUAUAUCUCGGCCAGUUUACAUCAUCCGAUACGGGGGAGCAGGCCAGAGCCAGCCAAUACAACAACAAUCAACAACCACUGAAGCAACAACAAAAUCAACCAAAGAGAAAAAGCGACGACCAAAAUACACAAAAUCAAGAAAGAAGCUCAUACGCUUUGUAUAGACCAUCACCAGAGGAAUCACAUGAAUAUGUCGACUUAGCACCACCAGCUAUAUCCAAUGAAGAACCAAAUUAUUAUGCCAUGCUUCAUAAACCAAGAAAACAAAAGAAAUUUGUCGAGGAAGUUGUGACAGACAAGAAAUUAAAAGCUCGUAAGGAUACUCUAAACCUAAAGCAUCAAAUUAAGCGCAAUGAACCUGAACUAAUACAAAAUAAUAAUAAUGAUGAGCAUAAUGAGCAUGAUUUACUAACAGAAUCAACAGAUUAUGUUGAACAAAGCGAACCAACAUCUCGUCUUGAUUUUCAGAUGCAUGGACAUAAAGGACCUAAGAGCUAUAAGUUUGGAUAUGACUUUGGAUCGAAUGCUGGGUAACAAUUAACAAGAUUUUUUUUGAAUAAAAUGUGGGUAUGGACGAGUGGAAGUGGGUUCAGGAAUGAAGGGAUAUCCUCUAAGUGGCACUUCCAGCCUCCAAACCCAAUAUAAAGCCCCAAAAUUGCACGAUUAUUAAUCCACAAACCAAUUAACAUAGAUUAAACCGUCAAUUUCGGGUAGAAGAGAGAGAUGAGAAUGGUGAUGUUCAUGGACAGUAUGGAUAUUAUGACAGAACAGGAAAACCAAAAGUUGUCAGGUACUCAUCCACAGCAAAAGAUGGCUUUAGAGUUCAUUCCUAGAUUUUAUUUCUUCAACUUUAUUUUUUAAAAUAAAACUUGUUUGUGAUAUUUUUUAAAUAGCUUUAAGACUUUCCAAAGCUUCCGUACCUUAAUUCGGAAUGUAUUAUUUUCGUUAAAUAAAAUCGAAUCUUUUUCAACACUUACUUAAUACGAAUUUUUCAAUAUCAUCAAGUAAUCCAGAGGCUCCAAAACGGAACAAAUGUGGAUCCAAAUAUUCCAUACCCAAUGUCUCUUUUAUCAUAAUCAGCCAUUGAAUGGAAUCAUCAACCGUACGUACUCCACCAGCGGGCUUCAAUCCAAUUUUCUUUCCAGUUUUACGAUAAAAUUCUUCUAUAGCACGAAUCAUGCACAAUCCGACAUUUAAAUUAGCAUUAACACUUUCCUUUCCUGUACUUGUUUUAAUGAAAUCAGCACCGCCCAUCAUACAUAUCAUUGAGGCUUUGUAAACAUUAUCCAUCGUUCCACAUUCUCCAAUUCCUAAUAUUGCUUUCAAAUGUGCACGAUUUCCGCAAGCUUUACGCAUUUCAACGACUUCCUCGUAGAGUUUCUUCCAUUGAUGUGUUAAUACGAGACUUCGGUCGAUGACAAUGUCAAUUUCUGUUGCACCGCUGUUUAUUGCAUAAGUGAUUUCGUCGAGACGAGAUUGCAAGGGAUAUAAGCCUGUUGGAAAACCAGUAGCG